AAAAAAAUAUAUAUUAAUGAUAAAAUUAUUAAAAAGUUAAUCUUUCCAUGUGGGGGAAAAAUUAACCAUUGCAGUCAAACUUCCGUUAUUUUUUUUAUUUAUAAUUGGCUCUGUAAACAUCUGGAAAUUAAAUUUCUUGUUCUCUUUCGAGAAAACUACUAGAAAUCGCUCAGCUGAUUUCUACUAGCGAGGUUAUGUACACAGUACCGGUUACUCGCUCCUUUUACUCGCUCUUCAAAAUUUCUCUUUCUGAACGUCUUACGGAUUAUAACGCGUCUUCAUUUAUGCAUGUUAAAGGAUACGUAGGUGAAGGACUAAAAAAAAAUUAAGAAUAGAGAGGUUAUCAGAAAUUGCUGGUCUCAAUGAAUUAAAAAAAAAAAAAGUGGUUUGACUGUACAUUAAUUAUAUUGUUAGCAAGUAUGGCCAUGCGUCAAGUUCUUAGAAAAUUAUGGAAAGAUAUUAGACCCGCAAUGUACACAUCAGGUAUGUUGUUUGCACAUUGCAACUCACCCGACAAGCCUAGUGAAAACGACAAGUUAAAACUGGCACCACCAGAUGUAAAUAAGCUCACUCAUGAGUAUAUGAUAAAACAAUCUGCGUUGGAUACUGCUAACAGCGUAACUCAGACAUUAACUGUUGCUUACACGGCUAUAGUAGAUCUGAGCGUUGAAUACAGAACAUUGUUGAACGAGCUCAUUUCCCUUCUCGAAGAAACUAUAAUUCACAAUGUAAGUGACGCGCACGCGGAUCUGAUUGUGCAGUUACGGAACGAAAUGCAAGAGAGGAAGGAGAAGAUUACGCGCUUAACUACGUAUAUGGAUUACGUGCACAAAAUGGCAGUAGCUAGCGCGGAGCUAUGUUACAUGUGUGAGAUGGAUAGUUUGACUGGCACGCUUCAACAAAGGAUAGAGGAUGCGUUAGACAGGGUAAAGACAGAAAUUAACUGCAAUGCAGAAUUGGAACGAGCAUACCGGCUUAUACAGGAACAGUCCAUCAAAAGUAGUAAAGAAAUAACUGAGAAGCAAUGAACUUUUAUAGGGAAUGUUCUAAUAUUAUAGAGAUCGAGAUUGAAAUAUGCUCAGAGCAAGUUUUAUUUUUUCUAUGAAAAAAAAAUUAAAAAUAAUUUGUUUUGUUAUGGUAUCUACAUAUAUUAAUAAAUGAUUUUCCUCCGCAUCUACCAGUAUAUUAUUACAUCACUUAACAGUUAACAUUAAUCUUAUUCAAUAUUAUUUCAUUUUUUUCUUAUUUUUUAU